AUCAGGGCUCUUGGGUGACUGAGGCCUGCCAAACGUUCUAACAGACACUUUCCAUUUAUCCUGUUGUGCCUUUUUGUGCCCAGGCUAAGCCUGUUUGCAGGAAUACAUUAAGUGGAAUAUCAGUUUGGGACCCUAGUUGAUGGAAAGUGAGCACCUUUCUUAUUGCAAGAUCACUGGAAAUACUGUUGGACCUUCUUUGGUUAGACCCACUGAAAGUGUUUCGUGAUGGCCAGUGAAGAAGAGUAUGAUGAUGAGUAUGAGGAAGAGUUUUAUGAGGAGUAUUCGACAGGCCCCACUACCAUGACCUCCUACACCUCACACCAGUCUCAAGUCGGAGAGGCCGGACAUGAGGACAUUCCUGUUCGCAAGGGCAGGAGAAAGGCCACACUGGACACCUCUAAAUUCAUGACCCCUUACCUGGCACACAGCCAGAAGAUGCUUGACCAGUACAGCCACAACAAGUAUAGAGAGGAAUAUGAGAAGUCUAAGGGGCAACCCUACAACAUUUCAAGUGACACACUUGAGAUGAUCCGCAUCAAGAAGGCCCAGGAGCAGCUCAGCGAGGUGAAAUACCGUAUGGAGGGACUGAAGGCUAAGACCGCCAGCCUCUACGAUGGCGAAGCUCGUGAAGUUGCACACGUGAAGCAUGUCUCUGAACUCAUCAGCAAGGUUUUGUACAGACAGAAAUGGGAUGAGACCAAGGAUAGGUACUUACUUCCCCCCGACGCUCCUGAACUUGUUUUAGCUGUGAAGAAUGCUGCUAAUUACAGCAAGAAAUUAUACACAGAGGCUUGGGACGAGGACAAGACCAUGUUCUACCCGUACAGCGACAGCCCGGAACUUCGCCGAGUGGCCAAGGCGCAGGAGGCGCUCAGUGAUAUCAAAUACAAGAAGGGUCAUGAUCAGCGCAAGGCCAAGUAUACCCCCCUGGCGGAGCCCCCAGAAAUGGAACUGGCCAAGAAAAACUUUGCCAAUCGUAGCAACAUCAAGUAUCAUGAGGACUACAACAAGAAUGUCAAGGGCCAGUGGUGUGAAACCCCUUACUUUGACGUUGCAGUUGGAAAGAUGGUCAUGGAUAAUUUAAGUGAAAAAAAAUAUACUGCUGCUUAUGAAGACAUGAAAGACCAAAUUUAUUUCAUGCAAACAGAAACACCAACAUACGCUGUUAACAAGCAGGCUGGUGACAAUGCAAGCACGACUAAGUACAAGAAGGAAUAUGAACAGAAAAAAGCAGUCUCUGAUUACAACGUUCUCCCUGCUACAGAAAACCCCCUCCUCAGACAACUAAGAUACGCUGGCACCAUCCUGAGUGAUAAAGUAUAUAAAGAUAACUAUGAAAAAUCAAGAGGCUCAAGCAUCAACUACUGUGAUACCCCCAAGUUCCAGAUGGACAAUGUCCUCAAAAAGUUUAGUGAUGUACACUAUAAACAGAAGUAUGACACCGAGGUGAAGGGUCGCUAUAUUGGCAGUUAUGAAGAUGUUUACAUGGUUCACUGCAAAAAUGUGGAGGAGUUAAAGAGUGAAAAAAAUUAUAAAGCUGAUUACGAUGAUAUGAAGAUAAGGUGUUUCUUCCCGCAAACGAUGACACCCGAAUACGAAGCUACUAAAAAACUGGAACAGUGUAAAGACAACAAAUAUCGGCAACACCCAGAUACAGUGAAGUUUACACAAGUAAUGGACUCACCUGUCCAAGUACAAGCUGCUAUCAAUGCCAAACAGUUGAGCGAUCUGAACUACAAGGCAAAGUAUGAACAGGAUAAGUUCAAGUGUUACCUGCCCCCUGAUUACCCCUUCUUCAUCCAGUCUAGGGUUAAUGCUUAUAACCUGAGUGAUACUUGUUACAAGUUUGAAUGGGAAAAGACAAAAGCGAGAAAGUUUGAGGUGAAAGGUGACGCUAUCCCCAUCCUUGCUGCCCGUGCUCACACCAACAUAGCCAGUGACGUGAAGUACAAGAAGGAGUAUGAGAAAAACAAAGGACACAUGGUUGGGGCCCUCAGCAUCCAGGAUGACCCAAAGAUCAUGCACUCAGUCCAUGUUGCUAAGAUCCAGAGUGAGCGCGAGUAUAAAAAAGAUUAUGAGAAGUUGAAGACCAAGUAUCAUGCCCCACUGGACAUGAUGCUUGUCACGCUAGCAAAGAAGGCUCAGGCUAUUUCUAGCAUGAUUGGUUACAAGAGCGUCAUCAACCGCUACUUCCUACCACCUGACAGUGUGGCACUGGACCUUGCAAAAAAAGCCAACAUGAUCCAGAGUGACAAUGAGUACAAGUCUGAGUACAAUAACUACACCAAAGGAGCCCCGUGGAUGCCUUUUGGAUCACUGGAUGUCGAGAAAGCCAAGAAAGCUGGAGAGAUCCUAAGUGAGAAAAAAUACAGGCAACCCCCAGAUACCGUGCCGUUCACCUCUAUUGAUGACCACCCUGUCAUGCUGCAAGCUAAGGUCAACCAGCUCAUCAGGAGUGAUCUGCACUACAAGAAAGGCCUUGAGGCAAUCCUUCAAAAAUACGCCCUACCCCCUGAUGUCCCAGAAUUCCUCCAGGCCAAGUGCAAUGCCUACAAUAUCAGCAAUAAAUGUUACAAGCUGGGAUGGGAGGAUCUUAUUUCAAAGGGUUAUGAUAUGAAGGCUGAUGCCAUCCCGGUUCGUGCGGCCAAGGCUGCAAGACAUGCAGCUAGCGAUGUCCAGUACAAGAAAGAGUACAUGAAGGCCAGAGGCCACCAUGUUGGCAUCCGUAAUCUCCAGGAUGACCCUCUGCUGGUGCACUAUAUGAAUGUGGCCAAGAUACAGAGCGACAAGAACUACAAGAAGGACUAUCACAAGGCUAAGCUGAAGUACCACUCCCCUGUCGACAUGUGGAGUGUUGCACACGCUAAGAAGGCGUCUGCGGUUCAGACUUACUCAGGCUACAAACAACCUAUCCAUCACUACACACUUCUGCCAGAUGCAAUGAACCUCGAGCUGGCCCGCAACAGGAGCACUAUUGCUAGUGACUACAACUACAAGUUGGACUAUGAAAGCUACGUGAAAGGUAUAGGCUGGGUCCCCCUGGGCUCAUUAGACGUGGAGAAAGCCAAGACCGCUGCUGCUGCUCUCAAUGAGAAAAAGUACAGGCAGCAUCCGGACACCAUCAAGUUCACCAGCGUUACCAGCACCCCAGUCAUGGAGCAGGCGAAAGUGAAUGCCCUGCAGCUAAGCGACAGACUGUACAAAGCCAGUGGAGAAAAGUUCAUGCACACUUACCACCUCCCUCCAGAUACACCAGAGCUUCUGCAAGCCAGGUACAAUGCUGCCAAUGUCAGCAAGACCUAUUACACAUACGCACACAAGCAGGACCUCCUUAAAGGGCACCACGUGAAAGAGGAUGCCAUUCCAGUUGUCGCUGCCAAAUCCUCUCGGAAUAUCGCCAGCGAUUACAAGUAUAAGCUUCAAUACCAAAAGGCCAGAGGCCAUCAUGUUGGCUUCCGUAGUCUCCAGGAUGACCCUCUGCUGGUGCACUAUAUGAAUGUGGCCAAGAUCCAGAGUGACAGGCACUACAAGAAGGACUAUCACAAGGCUAAGCUGAAGUACCACUCCCCUGUCGACAUGUGGAGUGUUGUACAAGCUAAGCAGGCGUCUGCGGUUCAGACGUACACAGGCUACAAGCAGCCUCUCCACCACUACACCCUGCUCCCUGAUGCCAUGCAUAUCAAUCUCACCCGCAACAUGAUGGAGAUCCAGAGUGAUAAUGUUUACAAGUCAGACUACAACAACUUCUACAAGGGAGCAGGAUGGGUUCCCAUUGGUUCCAUGGAUGUACAGAAGGCAAAGACGGCCAGGGCUGCUCUGGAUGAGAAGGCCUACAGAACUCAUCCUAGCACACUGAAGUUCACCAGUCUCACAGACCAGAUUAACAUGGUCUUAGCCAUGAAAAACUCUAAGCAGAUCAAUCCUGCUGCUUACAAAGCUUCUGGAGAGAAAUUCAUGCACACUUACAAUUUACCAGCAGACAGCCCACAGUUUCUCCAGGCCAAAUAUAAUGCCCAGACCAUCAGUCAGAAACACUACAAAUCUCAGUGGCUCACAGAUAUUGCUAAAGGAUAUGACAUGAAACCUGAUGCUAUUUCUAUAGUAGCUGCCAAACAAGGAAGGCACAUUGCUAGCAACUUCCAAUACAAGAAAGACUAUAUGAAGGCCAGAGGCCACCAUGUUGGCUUCCGUAGUCUCCAGGAUGACCCUCUGCUGGUGCACUAUAUGAAUGUGGCCAAGAUCCAGAGUGACAGGAACUACAAGAAGGACUAUCACAAGGCUAAGCUGAAGUACCACUCCCCUGUCGACAUGUGGAGUGUUGUACAAGCUAAGCAGGCAUCUACAAUUCAGACGUACACAGGCUACAAGCAGCCUCUCCACCACUACACCCUGCUCCCUGAUGCCAUGCAUAUCGCGCUGGCUCGCAACAUGAAUACCAUCGCCAGUGAUGUUGAGUACAAGAAUGACUACAACAGCUAUGUGAAAGGCAUUGGCUGGGUGCCCAUCGGAUCGUUAGCAGUUGAAACUGCCAAGGUCGGUGGACGUAUACAGAGUGAGACGCAGUAUCGCACUCACCCCUCCAAAUACAGCCACCACAUCCCCAUGGACUGCAUGGACCUGGCUCUAGCUGCUGCCAACAACCAGAUCAUGAACAAGAAAGCAUAUACUGCUGCAUGGGACACAGACAAGCUCAAAGUACACGUGAUGCCCGACAGCCCUGAAUUUCUCCUUGCCAAGGCCAAUGCAAUAAAUAUUAGCCAGAAAUUCUAUAAAGCUGGCCUUGAGGAAUUGAAUAAGAAGGGUUAUGACCUCAAACCUGAUGCUAUUUCAAUAAAGGCGGCCAAAUCUAGCAGAGAUAUCGCCAGUAAUUACAAGUACAAACUGAAUUAUAUGAAGGCCAGAGGCCACCAUGUUGGCUUCCGUAGUCUCCAGGAUGACCCUCUGCUGGUGCACUAUAUGAAUGUGGCCAAGAUCCAGAGUGACAGGAACUACAAGAAGGACUAUCACAAGGCUAAGCUGAAGUACCACUCCCCUGUCGACAUGUGGAGUGUUGUACAAGCUAAGCAGGCAUCUACAAUUCAGACGUACACAGGCUACAAGCAGCCUCUCCACCACUACACCCUGCUCCCUGAUGCCAUGCAUAUCGCGCUGGCUCGCAACAUGAAUACCAUCGCCAGUGAUGUUGAGUACAAGAAUGACUACAACAGCUAUGUGAAAGGCAUUGGCUGGGUGCCCAUCGGAUCGUUAGCAGUUGAAACUGCCAAGGUCGGUGGACGUAUACAGAGUGAGACGCAGUAUCGCACUCACCCCUCCAAAUACAGCCACCACAUCCCCAUGGACUCCAUGGACCUGGCUCUAGCUGCUGCCAACAACCAGAUCAUGAACAAGAAAAAAUACACGGAGGCCUGGGAUAAUGACAAAACAUCAGUUCACAUCAUGCCAGAUGCAAUGGAUGUGACUCUGGCACGUCAAAACAGAGCCAAUUACAGUAUGAAAUUGUAUAAACUUGCCAGUGAACUGGCAAAGAAGAAAGGUUAUGAUAUGCGUGCUGAUGCUAUUCCAAUUCUGGCAGCCAAAGCAUCCACAGCCAUUGCCAGCAAUUAUAAAUACAAGGCUGGAUACCGUAAACAAGUUGGUCACCAUAUCGGAGCCCUCAGUAUCCGUGAUGACCCACUGCUCAUGCUAGCCUUGAACUCAGCUAAGAUUGCAAGUGAUGCCCUGUAUAAGAAGGACUUCAACCAAUCAAAGACCAAGUUUCAUCUCCCAGUGGACAUGUUGGCAUUUGAACUGGCAAAGAAAAAUCAGAUCCAAGUCAAUGAUGCCAAUUACAGAACUUACCUGCACCACUGGACUUGCCUGCCAGACUCCAAUGAUGUUGCCCAUGCCCGUCAGGUCUAUGACCUCCAGAGUGAUGCUGUGUAUAAGGCUGAUCUGAAGUGGCUACAAGGUCUGGGAUGGGUCCCCAUUGGUUCACUUGAUGUUGAGAAAGUGAAGAAGGCUGGAGAUGCUCUGAGUGAACGUUUAUAUCGUCAGCACCCAAGCAACUUCAAGUUUACAAACACGACUGAGGACAUACCUUUCGUCUUGGCUAAAGCCAACAAUAUUGUCAUGAACAAGAAAGCUUAUAUUCAAGCCUGGGAGGAUGAUAAAACCAAGGUCCACAUCAUGCCAGAUACCAUGGAGGUGGUCCUUGCAAAACAAAAUAAAGUCAACUACAGUGAGAAACAAUACAAACUUGCUAAUGAACUGGCCAAGAAGAAGGGCUAUGACAUGCGGGCUAAUGCCAUUCCUAUUCUUGCUGCAAAAGCUUCCCGGGACAUUGCUAGUGAUUACAAGUACAAGGCUGGAUAUCGUAAGCAAGUUGGUCACCACAUUGGUGCUUUGAGUAUCAAAGAUGACCCACUGCUCAUGCUGGCUUUGAACUCAGCUAAGAUUGCUAGUAAUGCCCUGUACAAGAAGGAUUUCAAUGAAUCCAAGACCAAAUUUAAUCUCCCAGUGGACAUGUUGGCAUUUGAACUGGCAAAGAAAAAUCAGAUCCAAGUCAAUGAUGCCAAUUACAGAACUUACCUGCACCACUGGACUUGCCUGCCAGACUCCAAUGAUGUUGUCCAUGCCCGUCAGGUCUAUGACCUCCAGAGUGAUGCUGUGUAUAAGGCUGAUCUGAAGUGGCUACAAGGUCUGGGAUGGGUCCCCAUUGGUUCACUUGAUGUUGAGAAAGUGAAGAAGGCUGGAGACGCUCUGAGUGAACAUUUAUAUCGUCAGCACCCAAGCAACUUCAAGUUUACAAACACGACUGAGGACAUACCUUUCGUCUUGGCUAAAGCCAACAAUAUCAUCAUGAACAAGAAAGCUUAUAUUCAAGCCUGGGAGGAUGAUAAAACCAAGGUCCACAUCAUGCCAGAUACCAUGGAGGUGGUCCUUGCAAAACAAAAUAAAGUCAACUACAGUGAGAAACAAUACAAACUUGCUAAUGAACUGGCCAAGAAGAAGGGCUAUGACAUGCGGGCUAAUGCCAUUCCUAUUCUUGCUGCAAAAGCUUCCCGGGACAUUGCUAGUGAUUACAAGUACAAGGCUGGAUAUCGUAAGCAAGUUGGUCACCACAUUGGUGCUUUGAGUAUCAAAGAUGACCCACUGCUCAUGCUGGCUUUGAACUCAGCUAAGAUUGCUAGUAAUGCCCUGUACAAGAAGGAUUUCAAUGAAUCCAAGACAAAGUUCCAUCUCCCAGCGGAUAUGUUGGCAUUUGAACUGGCAAAGAAAAAUCAGAUCCAAGUCAAUGAUGCCAAUUACAGAACUUACCUGCACCACUGGACCUGCCUGCCAGACUCCAAUGAUGUUGUCCAUGCCCGUCAGGUCUAUGACCUCCAGAGUGAUGCUGUGUAUAAGGCUGAUCUGAAGUGGCUACAAGGUCUGGGAUGGGUCCCCAUUGGUUCACUUGAUGUUGAGAAAGUGAAGAAGGCUGGAGAUGCUCUGAGUGAACGUUUAUAUCGUCAGCACCCAAGCAACUUCAAGUUUACAAACACGACUGAGGACAUACCUUUCGUCUUGGCUAAAGCCAACAAUGAUGUCAUGAACAAGAGAUCAUAUGUCCAAGCUUGGGAGAAUGAUAAGACCAAGAUUCACAUCAUGCCAGAUGCAAUUGAAGUACUUCAUGCAAAACAAAACAAAAUAAACUACAGUGAGAAACUCUAUAAGCUUGCUAAUGAGGAGGCUAAAAAGAAGGGCUAUGAUAUGCGUGCUGAUGCCAUGUCUAUCAAAGCAGCCAAGGCAUCCAGAGAUAUCGUCAGUGAUUACAAGUAUAAAGCUGGAUAUCGUAAGCAAGUUGGUCACCAUAUCGGAGCCCUCAGUAUCCGUGAUGACCCACUGCUUAUGUUGGCCCUGAACUCAGCUAGGAUUGCUAGUGAUGCCCUAUACAAGAAGGACUUCAACCAAUCAAAGACCAAGUUUCAUCUACCUGUGGAUAUGUUGGCAUUUGAACUGGCAAAGAAAAAUCAGAUCCAAGUCAACGAUGCCAAUUACAGAACUUACCUCCAUAACUGGACUUGCCUGCCAGACUCCAAUGAUGUUGUCCAUGCCCGUCAGGUCUAUGACCUCCAGAGUGAUGUGAUGUAUAAGGCUGAUCUGAAGUGGCUACAAGGCCUGGGAUGGGUUCCUAUUGGCGCAAUCGAUGUUGAGAAAGUGAAGAAAGCUGGAGAUGCUCUGAGUGAACGACUGUAUCGUCAGCACCCAAGCAACUUCAAGUUUACAAGCACAACUCAAGACAUUCCAUUGGUUUUAGCUAAAGCCAAUAAUGAAAUCAUGAACAAGAAAAAUUACAUUGGAGCUUGGGAGAGUGACAAAACUAAGAUACAUAUCAUGCCAGACACAUUGGAGGUGGUCCUUGCAAAACAGAACAAGAUUAAUUACAGUUUGAAACAAUACAAACUUGCUAAUGAAGAGGCUAAGAAGAAGGGUUAUGACAUGCGUGCUGAUGCCAUUUCUAUCAAAGCUGCCAAGGCAUCAAGAGAUAUCAUCAGUGAUUACAAGUACAAAACUGGAUACCGUAAACAAGUUGGUCACCAUAUCGGAGCCCUCAGUGUCCGUGAUGACCCCCUGAUCAUGCUGGCCUUGAACUCAGCUAAGAUUGCUAGUGAUGUCUUAUACAAGAAGGACUUCAACAAAUCAAAGACCAGGUUCCAUCUCCCAGUGGACAUGUUGUCUCUUGAGCUGGCUAAGAAAUGCCAGAUUCAAGUCAAUGAUGUCAACUAUAGAACGUACCUGCAUAACUGGAUCUGUCUGCCAGACUCCAAUGACGUCGUCCAGGCCAGGAAGGUUUAUGAUCUUCGGAGUGAUGCUGUAUAUAAAGCUGAUAUGGAAUGGAUUAGAGGAAUGGGUUGGGUUCCUAUUGGCUCUAUUGAAGUAGAAAAAGUAAAGAAAGCUGGUGAAAUCUUGAGUGACAGGAAAUACCGUCAACAUCCAAGCAACUUCACGUUUACCAGCAAAACAGACUCUGUUCCCAUGACUCUCGCCAAAGCAAAUGCUCAGGUCAUGAACCAGAGAGCUUAUGUCGAAGCUUGGAAUCAGGAUAAGCUCAACAUCCACAUCAUGCCUGACACACCAGAAAUUGUACUAAGUCGGCAAAACAAAAUCAACAGCAGCGAUAAAUAUUACCACCAGGACUACCAAGAGAAUCUAAAGAAAGGCUAUUUCCUGCCCAAAGAUGCAGUUGCAGUUGUAGCAGCCAAGGCCUCCCGGGAAAUCGUCAGUGAUUACAAGUAUAAGACUGGGUACAGAAAGCAACAAGGCCAUCACAUUGGAGCGCGAUGCGUCCAGGAUGACCCCCUGAUCAUGUUGGCCAUGAACUCAGCUAAGAUUGCUAGUGAUGCCCUGUACAAGAAGGACUUCAACAAAUCAAAGACCAAAUUCCAUCUCCCAGUGGACAUGUUAUCACUUGAGCUGGCUAAGAAAUGCCAGAUCCAAGUUAAUGAUGUCAACUACAGAACCUACCUGCAUAACUGGACCUGCCUGCCAGACUCCAAUGAUGUUGUUCAGGCCAGGAAGGUCUAUGAUCUGCGCAGUGAUACUGUGUACAAAGCUGACCUUCAGGACCUGAAGGGCAUUGGAUGGGUACCCAUUGGUUCACUGGAUGUUGUGAAAGCCAGGAAAGCAGGAGAGAUCCUCAGUGAUCGCCUCUACAGGCAGAAACCAGAAACAUUUAAAUAUACUCAAGACAUGCAGUCUAUUCCCUUGGUCCUAGCAAAGACUAAUGCUGACAUCAUGAACAAGCAUCAAUACAUUUCAGCCUGGGAAGCUGAUAAAACAAAGAUUCAUAUUAAUCCUGAUACUCCAGAAAUUCUGCUUUCUAAGGCCAAUGCUAUUACCAACAGCAGGAAAUUGUACAGGCAAGCAGUUGAGGAUAGCUUCAAGAAAGGCUAUGACCUUAAAGCUGAUGCAGUUGCCAUCAAGGCUGCCAAAGCAUCCAGGGACAUUAUUAGUGAUUACAAGUACAAGGCUGGAUAUCGUACACAACAAGGCCAUCAUAUUGGAGCUCGAUGCGUCCAGGAUGACCCCCUGAUUAUACUGGCCAUGAACUCAGUUAAGAUUGCUAGUGAUGUCUUAUACAAGAAGGACUUCAACAAAUCAAAGACCAGGUUCCAUCUCCCAGUGGACAUGUUGUCUCUUGAGCUGGCUAAGAAAUGCCAGAUUCAAGUCAAUGAUGUCAACUAUAGAACGUACCUGCAUAACUGGAUCUGUCUGCCAGACUCCAAUGACGUCGUCCAGGCCAGGAAGGUUUAUGAUCUUCGGAGUGAUGCUGUAUAUAAAGCUGAUAUGGAAUGGAUUAGAGGAAUGGGUUGGGUUCCUAUUGGCUCUAUUGAAGUAGAAAAAGUAAAGAAAGCUGGUGAAAUCUUGAGUGACAGGAAAUACCGUCAACAUCCAAGCAACUUCAAGUUUACCAGCAAAACAGACUCUGUUCCCAUGACUCUCGCCAAAGCAAAUGCUCAGGUCAUGAACCAGAGAGCAUAUGUCGAAGCUUGGAAUCAGGAUAAGCUCAACAUCCACAUCAUGCCUGACACACCAGAAAUUGUACUAAGUCGGCAAAACAAAAUCAACAGCAGCGAUAAAUAUUACCACCAGGACUACCAAGAGAAUCUAAAGAAAGGCUAUUUCCUGCCCAAAGAUGCAGUUGCAGUUGUAGCAGCCAAGGCCUCCCGGGAAAUCGUCAGUGAUUACAAGUAUAAGACUGGGUACAGAAAGCAACAAGGCCAUCACAUUGGAGCGCGAUGCGUCCAGGAUGACCCCCUGAUCAUGUUGGCCAUGAACUCAGCUAAGAUUGCUAGUGAUGCCCUGUACAAGAAGGACUUCAACAAAUCAAAGACCAAAUUCCAUCUCCCAGUGGACAUGUUAUCACUUGAGCUGGCUAAGAAAUGCCAGAUCCAAGUUAAUGAUGUCAACUACAGAACCUACCUGCAUAACUGGACCUGCCUGCCAGACUCCAAUGAUGUUGUCCAGGCCAGGAAGGUCUAUGAUCUGCGUAGUGAUGCUGUGUAUAAGGCUGAUAUGGAGUGGCUCCGUGGAUGUGGCUGGAUGCCACAUGGUUCUGUUGAGGUUCUGAAAGUUCAGAAUGCCCAGAAAAUCCUCAAUGACAGGCUAUAUAGGCAGCACCCCAGCAAAGUCCCGUUCACCAGUGCAGUGGAUUUGCCUGUCAUUGUCCUGGCCAAACAAAAUGCUGAUAUCCUCAGUGACAGGAAAUACAGACAGGCUUGGGACCAAGACAAAACUUCUAUCCACAUGCAACCGGAUACACCAUUAAUUGAGCUGUCCAGGGCCAACGCUAUUACCUUCAGCAAUAAAAUGUACACUAAAGACUGGGAUUCAGAGAAGGCAAGAGCUUACCAGAUCAAAGAGGACGCUGUUGCUGUUUUGAAGGCAAAAGCUUCUAGAGAAAUUGCUAGUGAUUACAAGUACAAGACAGGCUAUCGUAAGCAGCUUGGCCAUCACAUUGGAGCGCGAUGCGUCCAGGAUGACCCCCUGAUCAUGUUGGCCAUGAACUCAGCUAAGAUUGCUAGUGAUGUCCUGUACAAGAAAAACUUCAAUCAGUCAAAGACCAAAUUCCAUCUCCCAGUGGAUCUGCUAGCCAUUGAGCUGGCUAAGAAAUGCCAGAUCCAAGUCAAUGAUGCCAAUUACAGAACUUACCUGCAUAACUGGACCUGCCUGCCAGACUCCAAUGAUGUCGUCCAGGCCAAGAAGGCCUAUGACCUCCGCAGUGAUGCUGUGUAUAAAGCAGACCUGGAGUGGCUGAAAGGAUGUGGUUGGAGCCCCCAUGAAUCUAUUGAUGUUGCUAAGGUGAAAAAUGCCCAAAAGAUCCUGACUGAUAGAGGCUAUCGUGUGAAGCUGGAUGAGCAGAGCUACACUGUUCCCGGCGACAGGGUGGACUUAGUGUGUGCCAAGAAAGCUGCUCAAGUGCUUGAUGAGGCAAGCUACCGUCAGGCUUGGCACAAUGAUAAGGUCAAAUACACAAUGCUAGACACCCUACUUCUGGCAAAAGCACGGGAGGUGGCCAAGCAUAUUCACCCAAAACUGUACACCAAGGACUGGGAGAAGACCAAGGCUACGUCAUACCUUAUGCCUGCAGAUGCUGUCCCCAUUAAACAAAGUGUCAGCACCACUAAUCUCCAGAGUAAAUACAAGUACUUGGAGGCUUAUCGUAGGCAACUUGGCCAUCACAUUGGAGCCCGAUGCGUCCAAGAUGACCCCCUGAUUAUACUGGCCAUGAACUCAGCUAAGAUUGCUAGUGAUGCCCUGUACAAGAAGGACUUCAACAAAUCAAAAACCAAGUUCAACCUCCCAGUGGACAUGUUGUCUCUCGAGCUGGCUAAGAAAUGCCAGAUCCAAGUCAAUGAUGUCAACUACAGAACUUACCUGCAUAACUGGACCUGCCUGCCAGACUCCAAUGAUGUCGUCCAGGCCAGGAAGGCCUAUGAUCUGCGCAGUGAUAAUGUGUACAAGGCAGAUAUGGAAUGGAUCCGUGGCUGUGGAUGGAUGGCAGCUGACUCUGUUGAUCAUGUGAAAGUGAGAAAAGCCCAGCAGGUCCUUAACGAUAGACUUUACAAGAAAGAUGCCAAGGAAAAUUUCAGCAGGUUCACCAAUGUUGUGGAUCGCCCUGAAGUUGUCUUGGCCAAGGUUAAUGCGUACAACCUCAGCGAUCUGAAGUAUAAAGAAUCAUUUAAUUUGGAGAAGGGCCACUACAUUGGAUCUGAUGAUACACCACAGCUGGCCCACUCUCGAGAGGUCGCAAAGAUCACCAGUGAGAAACUGUACAGACUUGGCUGGGAUGAAUCCAAGGCCACUGGCUAUCAGCUGGACCACGAAUACCUCCCACUUACUGUAGCAAAGAGAACCAAAGACGUAGUCAGUGAUCGUAAGUACCAUGAUGCCCAUGAGAAAGCGAAGGGACACUACAUGGCUAACACUCUGGUUGACUUCCCAGAGGUCAUCCAUGCUGGUAACAUGGAAAAGAUGAAAAAUUUGAGAGACUACCAGAAGGACUACCAUGUGACCAAGACUAAACUCCACAUUCCUGCUGAUAUGAUUAGCCAUGUGGUUGCCAAGAGAUGCCAAGACAUCCUGAGUGAUGUGCUGUACCGCACCCACCUACAUCAAUGGACAUGCCACCCUGACCAGGAUGAUGUUAUCCAUGCCCGCAGGGCCAAUGAGAUCCUGAGUGAUGUCUUCUACAAAGAGGACUUGACCUGGAUGAAGGGUAUUGGCUGCUAUGCCUGGGACACACCUGAAAUUCUUCGUGCAAAGAAGUCUUAUGAACUUCAGAGUGACAUUAAGUACAAGGAAGAAGGCAAGAAAGGAUUCAGUAACUUCUCCAUUGUCACAGACACCCCAGUGUAUGUGACAGCUGUGCUGGGCCACACCUGGGCCAGUGAGCUGAACUACAGGGAAGCUUACCACAAAGAGAAGCACAUGUACACUCCAGUUCUGGACAACAUUGACUAUAUAAGAUGCUGUAACCUGAAGCAGCUCUACAGCACGAAAGCAUAUUCCGCCGUGUGGGAUAGGAUUAAGGCCAAGAGCUACAGCGUUCCCCAUGACUCGCACGAGCUGGUUCAUGCGAAGCAGCAGAAGGUCACACUGAGCAAAGUGAAAUACAAGGAGGAUUAUGAGAAGUUUAAGGCACUCUACACCCUACCUAAGUGCUUGGAAGAUGACCCAGCAACUGCUAGGUGCAUCAAGGCUGGAAAACUCAACCUGGAUCGUCUGUACAGGGAGAACUGGGAAAAGACCAAAGCAAAAAUCCAUGUUCCUCAUGACAUGCUGGAAGUGGUAGCUGCCCGCACCACCCAGAAAAUGAUCAGUAACGUCGAUUAUCGUAAAUACCUGCACGAGUGGAUCUGCUUGCCUGACUUGCGGGUCAAUGUGCAUGCUCGCAAAGUCAACGAGCAGCUGAGUGAUGUCUUCUACAAAGAUGACAUAAACUAUCUGAAGGGCAUUGGUUGCUAUGUCUGGGACACUCCUGAGAUUCUGCGCUGCAAGCAAAACAUGAAGCUGCAGAGUGAGAAUCUAUACAGAGCUAAGGGACUCCAGCACUUCAAGGACUACUCUGUGGUAAUGGACACUCCUAUAUAUGCGGCCUGCAAGAAAAGCGCUAAGAACCUGAGUGAGCUCAACUACCGCAGCGACUAUGAAGCCAACAUAAAGGGUAAAAACACAGCCCCUGCUGUGACUGUUGACACAGAAAGAGUUCGUUUGGCCAAUUUCGUCCAGAGUAAUUAUAUUUACAAAGAGGCCAACAAGAAGUCUAUGCCCACUGGAUACAGUCUUCCUUAUGACACCCCACUUGCAUUGCAGGCCAAAGCCAACAGUGUCAUAACCAGCAAUGUCAAGUACAAGGAAGCAUAUGAACUCAUGAAGGCCAAGAAUUACCAAUUGGACCCUAAUGGUGUCAAUUUUGUCAACGUCAGAAAGACUAACCAGAUCAUCAACCAGCGUCUGUAUAGAGAACAGUAUGAGAAGGGAAAAGACAAGGUUCAUUCUGUGUAUGACACCCCUGAGAUCAAACAGGUUAAGGCUACCCAGGAAGCCAUCAGUGAUGUGUGUUACAAAGAGAAAUACUACAGCAGCAGAGGAACCCUGCUGCCCAUGCCGAUCACCCCAGAGCUCCUGCACUAUGCCCAUGUGAACCAAAUCAACAGUGAAUUGAAAUACAAAGAAGACCUGCACUGGCUCAGAGGCCUCGGCUGCUUUGUGUUUGACUCUCCUGAGAUGGUCCGCAUCCGUGAUAUCAACAAAUUUAGGUCUUCCUAUAAUAUUGAUGCCAGGAAGAACUUUGCCAACUUCUCUGUAGUACUGGAUACACCGGAGUACAAGCGCAUAUCUGAGCUGAAGACUCACAUAAGCAACCUGGUAUACAAAGCUGAUGGCAAUGUACAGAAGACCAAGUGCACCAGUACUGCAGAUGCCAUAGACUUCAAGAGGGCCAAGUGGGCCCAGACCCUUACCAACAAGUGGCUGUACACUGACCUGGCCUCCAAAGAGAGAGCAUUCUACACCCCAGAGCUUAAUACACCCAUCAUACGUCAUGCCAGGUCUAUGAAAGUGGUAUAUAGUGAGAAAAAGUACAAAGAACAGUAUGAGAAGAUGAAGCACAGGUACACUCCCGUCCAUGACACACCGCUCCUAGUCCGUGCCAAAAAGGCCUAUUUUAAUUCCAGUGAUCUGCGCUACAAAGAAACCUUUGAGCAGGCAAAGGGACACUACCACACUGUUAAAGAUGCACUGGACAUUGUCUGUGCCAAGAGGGUCAGGGAUGACAUCAGCGAGGUUAAGUACAGAGAGAAGUACAUUGAUAGCCUGGGCACAUGGAAGUCCAUCCCAGACCGCCCUGAGUUCUUCCACAGCAAGACUGUGAGAGACCAAGCCAGUGAUGUCAAAUACAAAGAGGACCUAGACUGGAUGAAGGGCAUUGGCUGCUAUGUGUGGGACACACCUGAUAUGGUGCACGCUGGGCAAAACAAGAUUCUCUACAGUGAGAGGCACUACAAAGCAUCAUAUGAGAAGAACAGGGGUAACUUCAAGUACACGUGCGACACACCCUACUUUGCGGCCAUCCGAAGUGCUUCUGCCCUCACCAAUGAUGUCAGGUAUAGGCGUAGGGCCAAAGAGCUGCUCAAGAGCGGCUGCAAAGAGCUGCUCCGCCCUGACAUCCUCAACGCCAUGUACAACUCCAGCAUGUGGAGUAAGUGGAAGUACAGGGAGCAGUAUGAGCGUGUCAAGUCGAAGUACACAGCAGUGCUGGACACUCCCGAGCACCAGGUCCACAAGCGCCGCAAGCAGAUCAGUGACAUCAUCUACAAGAUGGAGUAUAACAAGAACAAGGCUAGAGGCUACACCCUGGGCCUUGACACCCCUCUCAAUCUCCACAUGAAGAAGGUCAAGGACAUCAUCAGUACUCUGAAAUACAAGGAACUGUACGAAAAAAAUAAAGCUCAGAUUAACAUGGCUCCCGAUGCUUAUGAGAUCCGAGCUGCCAAAGAGGCUUAUAAGAACAUCAGCCAUCUCGACUACAAAAAGAAGUAUGAGGCCACCAAGAAUAAGUGGAUUUGGACUGCUGACAGACCUGACUUUGUCCACGCGGCCAAGGUCAACUUCCAGCAGAGUGAUGUUGAGUACAAGUAUGACAAGGAGAUGCUGAAAGGCUGUGUGAUGCCUGUCACAGAUGAUAAGUACACACUCCUGGCUAAGAAGAACACGGAGCUUGCCAGUGAUGUGAAAUACAAGCAGAAGUAUAAAGAGACCAAGGGCCAGUGCCUGGCUGUGCUGGACACCCCUCAGAUCCUCCACGCUAAAUCAGUCUCUUCCCUGGUUUCUGAGAGCAAAUACAAACAGGCUGGAAAGGAGCAUCUCCAUUCUGGCUCCUUCACCACCAUGGCCCAAACACGCGACACUGCCCACAGCAGGGAGGUUGGCAAAAUCACAAGCAAUAAACUGUACAAGGAGAAGUUUGAGAAGGAAAGAGGCAAGUCCGUGUACAACCUUAUGACUACCCCCCCCGAGGUGCAGCAUGCCAUGGAAGUGGCCAAGAACCAGAGCAAUAUCAACUAUAAACAGGAGGCAAAGGCCAAACUCCACUACACUCCCGUUGCUGACCGUCCGGACAUCAGGAAGGCUACCCAAGCCGCCAAGCUCAUCAGCGAGAUUGGUUACCGUGACAAAGCUCGUCAGGAGGCCAGCCGUGGAGGGUCACUGGUCAGCCGCCCUGACAUCACCUUGGCAACCGAAGUGUCCAAGCUUACCAGUCAGUUGAAGUACAAGGAGAAGUUUGACAAGGAGAUGAAAGGAAAGAAGCCACAGUAUGACCUGAAGGAAAGCAAGAUUUAUCAGACUCUGAAGGACGCCAGCACACUUGCAAGUGAGGUGAAGUACAAGGGUGACCUGAAGAAGAUCCAUAAGCCUGUGACCGACAUGGCUGAGUCUCUGGCCAUGCAGCACAACCUGUGCACCAGCAAGCUGGCCAGUAGUUACCAGUACAGGAAGAAAUUUGAGGAGAGUAAAGGUCACUACCACAUGAUUCCCGACACACCUGAGCAGCUUCACCUCAAAGAAGCCUCUGACCUGCAAAGUCAUGUGAAGUAUAAGGAGAAAUAUGAGAAGGAAAGAGGAAAAGCCAUGCUGGACUUCGAGACUCCCACUUAUGUGUCUGCCAAGGAAGCGCAGCAUAUGCAGAGCCAGAAAGACUAUAAGAGGGACUUUGAGGAGUACAUGAAAGGCAAGAACCUGUCAGGCUUGGAAGUCACCCCUGCCAUGAUACAUGUCAGACAUGCCACCAAAAUCGCUAGUGAGAAAGAGUAUAGGAGGGAUCUAGAGGAAGGGGUGAAGGGUAAAGGGCUUACAGUGCUGGAGGAAACUCCUGAAUUACUGAGAGCAAAGAAUGCUACUCAGAUCCUGAAUGAGAGAGAGUAUAAGAAGGCAUUGGAGCAAGAGAUAAAGGGCAAAGGAAUGUUGGCUUUGGCUACUGACACCCCAGACUUCAUGAGGGCAAGAAACGCCACAGAAAUCCUCAGCCAGGCCAAAUACAAGCAGAACGCUGAGCACGACAGAGGCUCUUACACCACUGUGAUCGAUACUCCUGAUAUCAUUCAUGCUCAGCAGAUCAGAAACAUUGUGAGCCAGAAAAAGUAUAAGGAGGAGGCAGAGAAGACUAUGUCUCACUAUGUUCCUGUGCUGGACACACCUGAGAUGCAGAGAGUGCGCGAGAACCAGAAGAACUUCAGCACUCUUCAGUACCAGACUGACCUUAAACACAGUAAGGGUAAAGUGUCAGCAGUAAUGGACACCCCUGAAAUGCUACGCGUUAAAGAAAAUACAAAGAAUUUCAGCUUGAUUCAGUACAAGGAGGGUUUGGGAGGAGGAACUGCUAUUGCAGACACACCUGAGAUGGAGAGAGUUAAACGCAAUCAGGAGGCUAUCAGCACGAUCAAAUACAAGGACAAGCUUGGUCAAGGCAUAUCUAUACCAGACCUGCCUGAAGUGAAACGUGUGCAGGACUGUCAGAAGAAGAUCAGCUUGAUUCAUUACAAGGAAGAUUUAGGAGGCGGAACUGCUGUGUCAGAAACACCAGAGAUGGAGAGAGUUAGACGCAAUCAGCAAAAUAUUAGCACGAUAAAGUACAAACACUCACUGGGACGAGGCACAGCUAUACCGGACCUCCCCGAGGUGAAGCGAGUCCGAGAGACUCAGAAGAACAUCAGCUCGGUUUUGUAUAAAGAUACCUCUGUCAGAGGAACUCCUGUGGUAUUCACUCCAGAGAUGGAGCGGGUCAAACGGAACCAAGAAAACAUUAGCUCGGUGCUGUACUCGGACAGCUUCCGCAAACAGGUGCAGGGCAAGGCAGCCUUCGUGCUGGACACUCCUGAAAUGAGACGUGUAAAAGAGACCCAGCGCAUCAUUUCUGGGGUGAGGUACCAUGAGGACUUUGAAAAGAGCAAAGGUAGCUUCAUCCCCACCACCACUGACCUUGUGACUGAGCGUGUGAAGAGGAACAUGCAGGACUUCAGUGACAUCAGCUAUCGCGGAAUUCAGAGGCGUGUUGUGGAGAUGGAGAGGAGACGCACCAUAGAACACGAUCAGGAGACCAUCACUGACCUGCGUGUAUGGCGCACAAACCCUGGCUCAGUCUUUGACUAUGACCCUGCUGAGGACAAUAUCCAGUCGAGAAGUCUCCACAUGUUAUCAGUUCAGGCACAGCGUCGCAGUAAAGAGCACUCCCGCUCCACCAGCGCCUUGAGCGGUGUUGGGGACGAGAAGUCUGAGGCGUCUGGGAAUGUCGAGCACCACAUGUCCCUUUACAGCAACGGAUUCCCUACUUCUUCCAUAGGCUACCAGCAUGCUAAGACUGUUGAGCUCCAGCAAAGAUCCUCUUCUGUGGCUACCCAGCAGACUACUGUGUCCUCUGUGCCAUCUCACCCCUCCACCACUGGAAAAACUGUACGUGCUAUGUAUGACUAUACUGCUGCUGAUAGCGAUGAGGUGUCCUUCAAGGAUGGAGACGUCAUUGUGAACGUGCAGUCCAUUGACGAGGGCUGGAUGUACGGCACCGUGCAGCGUACUGGGAAGACUGGCAUGUUGCCAGCCAACUACGUUGAGGUAGUCUAAAAACAAGCAGAAGUAAUGACAUCCACUGGGCUAAAGCUCUCAGGCACCUGGAGCAAAGCUUGUUCAUGUGUAUUUUAUGUUAGGAUUAGAAUAUGCCUAGUGUUUGUCUGCAUAAAAAGUGUAAUUUUGUUCAUGCCCACGUCACCCCAUCAGCGGCUGUGACCUGAGAAACUGACUAACAUUAUACAGUGCUUAACUGUUUGAUAGACCAUUGUAUUUAUCUUUAUGUUUCAAAACUACUGUAACAGUAAAUGAAAACCAAUUUUAUGGAAGGCUUCCCUGGAGUUUCCAGUGAUGAAACCUUUGCAAAAAAAGAGAUGGGUUUAUUGUCUGUAAAACUUUUCUGUAAUGGAAUCGGCAUAGUCAGUGUUUAAUAAACAUCAAAUAAACAAAUGCCAAAAAAGAAGUGUCAAAAAAAUCAAAUGCAAAUUAAGAGAAAAAAUAUAUAUAUUUGAACUUGCAAACCUUGAGGAGAUAACACUUCCUCAAAUACUGAAGACGUAUAAGAAACAAGCCUCUUCCCUCCUUUGGUGAAGGCUGGUCACAAGUUGCAUGUGUGUUCCGAUUCCCCAGGUCUAGGGUUAGAGUCAUAUACUGUGACUCAGUAGCUAAUAAAGCACACCACAGUUCUGCAGUAAAA